AUGAUCUCUACUAGACCGGUAAACGUGACAAGAUGUCCAAUCUAACGUCAAAUGACACGUCUCCUCCAUCUAACCUUACAAGCCUCACACCGAAAAGUACAGAGACGGCCUUGUGUGGGGUCAUCGUCCUCCUCUGCCUCGUUGGACUUGUUGGAAACACCAUCGUCAUUUUCUACUUCUGGUUCAGAAUUAAACUCAGUCAGUCGACGGUCUACAUCCUGAACCUGGCGGUGGCCGACUUCCUGUUCUCGGUGGGAUGCGCCAUCUUUUUUCUGUAUCUUGCGUGCGCGAUGAAUGGAGUGCCCACCACCAGUGAAAGUAAGCGGGGCAUCAGUAUAUUUGGAGAACUGCUGAUCAGUUUAACAUUUACCGCAAGCCUCUUUUUCCUUGCGACUCUCAGCUGUGAACGGUGCCUGUCUGUCUGUUUUCCCCUCUGGUACAAAUGCCGGCGGCCGGCGCACCUGUCCACCGUACUGAGCGGGGUGAUGUGGAUCCUGUCCCUUCUGAUAUCUAUACUGGAACGCUUGGUGAUCCCAGAGCACCGCUCUACCGUAUACAUCGUCACCUCUGCUGUUUUCCUCCUGGUCACUCUUCUCAUGGUUGCUUCCAGCGUGGUCCUUCUCAUCCAGAUCCAGAAGUCGUCUGUAGAGUGCCGCCCUUUGAAGCUCUACAUUGUGGUCGUUGCCGCCAUCGUAAACUAUCUCAUUUCACUGGCUCCAUCCAGAGUUCUAAGGAUGGUGUAUUUCUUUGCUGUGGUGCCCACAGCCUACAUGAGGCUCAUCUCCAUCAUUGUGAUCUUCCUGUGCUCCGCAUUCAAUUCUGCUGCCAAUCCCUACAUCUAUAUCAUUGUGGGGAGGUGGAAGAGGAGGAUCUCCACGGCACAGGCCUUGAAAUUGGCCUUCCAGGAGGACUCAAACCAGACGUCUGAGGAGAACAUCACAAUGGGAAGUCAACAGACUGAGACUGAAGACAAAUCGGAGGCUGUAGAGAUCGAUGGUGACAAAACUUUGUAGACUGGUUUACAAAUAUUCCACCGCAACUUUCCACUAAGUCCAAAAAAAGUAAAGGAGAUGCUCACUGAGAAAUGCUUCUGGUGGUUUGGUAACAUAGUUACAUAGUUACAUAGUUACAUAGUUAGUCAGGUUGAAAAAAGACACAAGUCCAUCCAG